AUGUCAGAAGAUUACUCGGAAAUAUUAAACCCAAGUAUUGUAUCACCACCAAAAGAUCCAUCUUCAAUUCCAUCGCCACCGGGAUAUACACCAGACUUCAAAUCAACAAACACAACAACCACAACCAAAUCAAAAAAAGAAGAAGCACAUUUAAACACACUUAAAUCUAAGAAAAUAUGGGAGAUUGCAAUCGGUCCUGCAAAAUCUCUCCCAAUGAAUUUAAUAAUGAGUUAUUUCACUGGUAAUUCAUUACAAAUUAUUCCUGUUACUAUGACUUUAAUGUUAUUAUGGAAUCCAUUAAAAGUGAUAUUUAAUGAAACUGGUACAAUUUUUAAUAAAUUAGAAACUAAUAAGAAUAAAAAUGAAAUUAUAUUGGCCAAAUUUGUGUUUAUUAUUUGUCAAAUUGCUAAUAUGUUAAUUGGAAUUUACAAAUUGUAUAAUAUGGGUUUGAUACCUCAUAGUGAAUCGGAUUGGUUGGCUUGGCAAGAACCACAACAUUAUGAAUAUAGAUUAAAUGUUUAA